ACCCGAGUAACUUUACCGUGUCGCUUUUCUUGACAUCGGAAAAGAAAAUGAAGAGACUGCUGCGAAGCUCAUUCAGCAACUCUCUGUCACAGUGGCAGACUGCAGAGGAUGGAAGUCAGUCAUCUGUUAACGGUGAGAAUUGCUCACCGCAUAUAUACCGUGGCUCACCGUUUGGUCGGCGUGAUACCAUAACCACUACUCCAACGAACGAUAAGCUGGCUACUCGUAUCGAAACCGGGAUAGUGCAUAGCAUUACUGAGCCGCCCCAUAAAAGCCGGCGCUCGGGCGAAGCACCCGGUUUUCUUCCGAGCGACGAGCGGGGCGACAUCUCCAGGACCAGCCAGAUCGCGUCACCGGCGGUCACGAUGGCGUUCGCUCCGGACACUCCCGGUCUCGCUUCAGAGGUGCUCCGUAUAGAGCACGAGAUGUGCUCGCAACUGGAGCACCGGUCCUUCAUCUCCGGGAAGGUCACGCACGUGUACAACCCGCUGGAGUACGCCGCGGAGCCGCACGCCGACUACGUGCGCCGGUGCCUCCGCCAAGGCUGGCCCGUGCCGUUCUUGCUGGUUGGUAUGAACCCCGGACCGUGGGGGAUGUCCCAGACGGGCGUGCCGUUUGGAGAGAUCGCCGCCGUCCGAGACUGGAUGGAAGUCAGCGGGGAGGUGGUGCCUCCUGAGAACCAGAACCCUCACCGGCCCAUCGCCGGCUUCAGCUGCACUAGGAGCGAGGUGAGCGGCCGCCGUUUCUGGGGUCUCUGGCAGCGCCUGAGUGGUACUCCGGACAGGCUGUUUCGGCACGUGUACGUCCACAACUUCUGUCCGCUGGCCUUCAUGGAGAGCUCGGGUAGGAAUGUCACUCCUGAUAAACUGAGCGGGCCACUGCGGCAGCAGCUGGAGCCCAUCUGCCAGCAGGCGCUGGUCGACAUUAUAAUGGUGCUGGGAGCGCGCACGGUUAUCGGCGUUGGGAAGUACGCCGAAGACCAGGCCAAGAGAGCGCUAGCUGCCGCCGAUCUGGGGGAUCAGGUGCAGGUGCACUAUCUCAUGCACCCCAGCCCCUGUAACCCACAGGCGAACAAGGACUGGGACGGGCAAGCUGUCGCUCAACUGACUCAGGCUGGCGUGCUGCCUUUGCCCCCAUUGUGAACUGGAAGAGCCUGGCGAACUACAAUGUUUCCGAUAAUCGGAAAUGCUGGUUAGUGGUAUGCUAGUAGCGCAUGCCUUGUGCUCAACCCCUUGCAUAUUUUAUUAUCACAUAUCCAUGUUGUGUAUGAUUGAAAUAUACAUACCUAAUAAUGAUGA